AUGUCUCAACGUCUUUGCAUUGCAGUUCUUGUAGUUGCGCUUGUCUCUCUUCAAUCCGUGCUUGCUCAUUACACUAUCACCUAUCCCAAUUCUCGUGGGUUUGACGAAACCAAAGAACCCACUGCACCUUGUGGUGGCUUCGAUACUGUUGGCACACGUACUCCAUUCCCUUUGAAGGGCGGUUUUGUUGAAAUCAGUUCUGGCCAUACUUCCUAUUCCUACGUCGUCAACUUAUUGGUAGAGAACGCACCUACCACGGCUGAUUUCUCCAACUCGACUGCCAAUGUUCAAGUCGCCACUGGCUCUCGUUCUUACCCUCAAGCUGCUUGUUUAUCUCUGGAUAAUUUAAGCAAGAACGCGGCAGCCAAGGCAGGUGCUAAUGCUACGAUUCAAGUGGUGUAUAAUGGUGGUGAUGGCGAAUUGUAUCAAUGUAUCGAUGUUACUCUUGCUGACAAUGUGGGUAAUUGGAACAACAGCAUGUGUGUCAAUGCCGAUGGUUCCUCUACUGCUUCUUCUGGCUCUGGCUCUGGCUCUGCUUCUGCUUCUGGCUCUGCUGCUGCUUCUACUCAAUCUCCCAGUAACGCUAAUUCCCUUACCUAUACUGGUGGUUUGAUGUUUGCUAUUGCUGCUUGUCUCGCUCUUGUCAUUAAUUAA